ACGUCCUUGCUCAUUGGCAUUCGCUUGCACUAGUCUCACGCACUAACGGGCCACCGUAAAUUCCGUGAACGUACAAAUUCUCGCGAUUGUACACUAUCUCAGUGAAGGAAGGAAAACAUUACGAAAAAAUCGGAACUCAAUGGAUUAAGGCAGAACACCUUGAUUCUUUGAAGACAUCCUCCACAUGUGAAGCUCAUCACUGGCUCACAGUAUUCCGUCCUCUCUGCCCCCCACUGUCUUCAAUGAUGUAGAUGAACUUUAUCGUCUGUGCAGCAGUUCCUCUUCUAUUGCCUUCUGUGGAUUCCUGCCCAGAUGUCCAUGUCUCCUUUCCUUCACACUUUACCACCCUGAGUCUGGAACAUCACCUCUCCUGAGUCGAACCAGUGACUAUACCCCAGCUCAUCCCUGGUUGAACAGUCCACCUGUGUCUACUUCCUCCACCUUAAGGCAAUGCUGUUCUCUCUGCGGGAGCUGGUCCAAUGGCUGGGCUUUGCCACUUUUGAGCUCUUCCUCCAACUGGGGGCUCUGCUGGUUUUCAGCGUGCUGGUAGCGCUACGGGCCGACUUCUUUGACCCUGGGAUGAGCUGGUGGCUGGUCUUCAUCCCUCUGUUUGCCGCUGAUGGCCUCAGCACCUACUUCACAGCCAUCGUGUCCAUCCGGCUGUACCAGGAGAAUGAGAAAAGGCUGGCAGUGCUGAGGCUGCUAUGGGUGCUGACGGUGCUCAGCCUUAAGCUGGUGUGUGAGGUGCUGCUGUGCCAGAAGCUGGCAGAGCAGGAGCAGGCGCGCGAUCUGUGGUUCGGUCUCAUUGUCUCACCGCUCUUCAUCCUCCUGCAGCUGCUGAUGAUUCGUGCCUGCCGCGUCAACUGAGGCCAGGGGCAGUUUUGUUUAGCAACAAAAUUGAUGCGUGCGCAACUAUGGGGGGGGGGAACCCAGACCAGGUUGGGCAAAUUUGGUUGUGUAUCAGCAGUUUUUCUCAUGUUAUGUCAGUCACUCAAUUAUACCAUGUCAGCUAACAUUUUUUAGAUUGGUAAAUUAUAGUCUUGCCAGCUAUUUAAACUUUGUCUAAUUACCGACCAGGGGGGCCCCAUUGAUUUUGUUACUCACUCAGAUAUCAUAUUAAAAACAGCAAACAUUUCUCUCCCUAAGGUAGAAUGUGUAGAAUAUCAGGAAAUUAGCUGUAAAACUGCAUAUUAUUCCUUCCGCUGUCACGUUUUGCUUGCAAGGUAGGGGUGCAAAAGGUAGGGCCCCCAAAAGGUUAGGGCUGGCUCUUAAGGCAUGUUGGGGCGGCAGGGUAGCCUAGUGGUUAGAGGGUUGGAAAAGUAACCAAAAGGUUGCAAGAUCAAAUCCCGAGCUGACAAGGUAAAAUUCUGUCGUACUGCCCCUGUUAACCCACUGUUCCUAGGCCGUCAUUGAAAAUAAGAAUUUGUUCUUAACUGACUUGCCUAGUUAAAUAAAGGUAAUAAAUCAAAUGUGUGUGUCUGGAUGUAAGGGGGACUGUAUGGAUGUAGGUACACAGAUCCAGACCUCAUGAGUUCAGAAUUUCGUGACCCCCAAAGUUCUCCAUCCCUGGCUUAGAUUGUUGACAACAUGUAAACUAUAUUUACUUUCAAUGUUUAUUGAAAACAUAAAUAUAUUUGCACAAUGAGUACUUGCUGUCUCUCAAAUACAUUAUUGGUUAGCUAGCUAGCGAAAACACCUCUAAACAAGAUAUGAUAUCAAUGAGAAGAUACAGGCUACAACGACCCACCUACCAUUCCCCUCAUGGCAGGUUCUUGUCAAUGGUGGAGUUAAUUUUGCAUGGCCCCGGGUAGACCGCGGUCUUAAGUGAAUUAUCCUACCCAUCUUGGGCACCGGGCCAUGCAAAACGAAAUUCACUAUUAUUGCUAGCUAUCAUAACAACGCAUGCAUUCCGGGCCACAUCGAUGCGCUUGGAUCACUUUCGUGACGUUGUGUGCCAACCCGUCUAUACAGGUGGGUUGUUUUAAUUAACAGACUAUUGUCAGUGGACUAAUGGCUGGAGAUGAGGGUCAUGGGUUUCCCCUCAGUUUCUGACCUCGUCUGAGGACAGUGUGACAGUGUUUCCAUGCGCUUUGUCUGUAUGGCUCUCCCAUGAACAUUGCUGCCUGUGGAUAAAAUGUAUUGUAUUUGAUCUGUGUUAUGGUCCUCUUGUUCAAGCAUGGCCUAAUUGUAUCCUUCAAAGUGUAAUUCCUAACGUGAAAUGUGGUGCUGGGGAGGGAUAAUUGAAGUACUGUCUUGAAUUUGGUUAGACUGUCCCAGUUUGUUUUCUUUUCUGCUCGUUUUUGGUAACCUUGUUGUUGUUUGUAUAUAUGUGUAAAUAAACAUUUAAGCAGG